UGAUGAUUUGAACCAUAAAGCCUCUGUUGCAGAAAAAGAAAAUGCAGAAUUAGAAAACAUAUGAUGAAAUUCAAGGUGGCCGGCCUUGUGGCCGACCUUAUGCCCAAUAUAAGACUCAUACAAGCUUCAGGACAUUUUAUGUUUAAUUAUCACGCUGACAAUUCAGGCUCACUACAUGCUUUAAGGGUGGGUUACUCGUGCAUGCAUCUAGUGUUUUGUUUGCUUCAGUAUGGAUGUACAUUUGGUAAUUUAAUACUAGAAAGAGAUGACGUAAACGACUUAGCAGCGAAUACAAUCACAGUUCUUUUCUUCUCUCAUUGUAUUACGAAAUUCGUUUACUUCGCACUUAGAUCUAAUCUUUUUUAUAGAACAUUAGGAAUAUGGAACCAAGCGAACAGUCAUCCCUUAUUUAUAGAAUCUAACAACAGGUAUCAUGCUUUGUCUCUGAAAAAGAUGAGGACGCUUAUAAUUUGCGUUGUAACUGCAACAAUUUUAUCAGCAGCGGCAUGGACUGGCAUCACCUUUGUUGGAGAGAGCGUCCACAACGUCAAAGACCCCGAAAACGAGAACAUGACAAUCGUAGAAGAAAUACCGAGAUUGCUGGUCAAAUCGUGGUAUCCUUGGAAUGCAAUGUCUGGUGGAGCCUAUUACUUUUCUUUGGUUUUCCAGAUUUACUACGUUUUCUUCUCACUCAUGCAUGCAAAUCUCCUUGACAGUUUGUUCUGUUCCUGGUUGAUUUUCGCUUGCGAGCAAUUGCAACAUUUAAAGGAAAUUAUGAAACCUUUGAUGGAACUUUCUGCUUCUUUGGACACCUAUGUUCCAAAAAGCGCAGAUCUGUUCAGAGCCAACAGUGCAAAUUCCCAGGAUAACCUCAUAGAACACGAUUAUAAUGAAAAGAACGAAGAACUCAACCUCAAAGGAAUUUACAAUACCAGGCAAGAGAUGGGAGCUAAUUUCAGAACUGGAGCGCUACAAACAUUUGGACAAGGUGGUGGUGGCGUGGGACCUAAUGGUCUUACCAAAAAGCAAGAACUCAUGGUUAGAUCAGCUAUUAAAUAUUGGGUUGAGAGGCAUAAGCAUGUAGUCAGAUUGGUAACAGCUAUUGGAGAUGCGUAUGGUGUUGCUCUUCUAUUGCACAUGUUAACUUCAACUGUUAUGCUGACACUUCUGGCUUACCAAGCCACUAAAAUCAAUGGAGUCAAUACGUAUGCUGCGACUGUCAUUGGUUACCUCGUCUACGCCUUAGCUCAAGUAUUUCAUUUUUGCAUAUUUGGUAAUAGGCUUAUUGAAGAGAGCUCAUCUGUAAUGGAAGCAGCUUACAGUUGUCAUUGGUACGAUGGAUCGGAAGAAGCAAAAACUUUUGUACAAAUCGUUUGUCAGCAAUGUCAGAAAGCUAUGUCAAUUUCGGGAGCAAAGUUCUUUACCAUUUCAUUGGAUUUGUUUGCUUCGGUACUUGGUGCAGUAGUGACCUAUUUCAUGGUGUUGGUGCAGCUCAAGUAAUUUUUAAACCCACUACUGCUUCGUUCAGCUGUUUAUUGUGGUAACAAGAAGUACCUGAUAGUAAAAAAGAGGAUCUAUUGUUAAAAUAACUGCAAACAAAAAAAAUGUAAUAAGUGAUACAUGUAAACGUUUACCUCUAAAAGUCAAUGGAUAUUUGCAUGAACGAUAGUAGAGUUGUAUUCGUAAAAACAGCGUACAAGUAGGUAUUAGAAUGUGAUAACAACAGUUUAAUACAACUAGUAAACUUCAUCUCACAUUCUAAUAGAGUGAUAUUAUCUAAGUCAAAUUUAGGGGGCGUCGAGGAACAACUGUCGUUCCCUGGAAAAUAUUUAAGUACUCGAUGGAAAGUUUUUUUUGAAAUGUAGGUCAAAACACGGUUAGGAACCUAUAUUCCAAUACAUACCAGUACGCUUUUUUAUGAAUACAAUAAUAUAAAGAGUGAUCCACAAAAAAUGUUUCUAAAGUGGUAAACAGUGAUAUUUGUGAUAAAGAUAAGCAACUCUGAAUUAAAUCCAAACUGAGAAUUAAAAAAUAGAAAAAGAUUUGUUCUCUUUAUACAGGGUGUAUCUAAAUAACACCGAAAAAAUUAAAGGGGUGAUUCUGUGAUGAAAAUUAAUGUGAGUGUUAGGUAUAAAAUUUUUUGAAAAAACCCUCCCCGGAAAAGUUACACCCCUUCGAAAAGUAAAAAAAAAUGGUUUUUCUUUUUUAUUUUCCCUGUAUAUCAAGCUAAAGACACGAAACUUGGUAAACA